AUGUUCGAAAUUAUCCUUGACCAGCGCAAAGCUGUCCUCGCGAUUGUUGUUAUCGUUGUUUUUACUCUCUACCUUGUCGGUCUCGUUAUUUAUAGGCUCUAUCUAAGCCCGAUAGCGAAGUUUCCUGGGCCGAAACUGGCCGCAGCGACAUAUCUGUAUGAGGGGUACUACGACGUUGUGAAGAGGGGCAAAUACACCUUCAAGAUCAGAGACUUGCACUCGGAGUAUGUACGAGGGCUAAAUGUCAAUUUUCAAGGACCAAUCAUUCGAAUCAACCCUUCUGAGCUACAUAUCAAUGAUGCCGACUAUUAUGACAGCCUCUACAACAGAGAAGGUAAGUGGGAUAAGAACCCGUUCUACGUAAAUAGUUUCGGCAACACCACGUCUGGGUUCGGCACGAUUGAUCAUGAUCUUCAUCGCUUGCGACGAGCGGCCAUCAAUCCUUUCUUCUCCAAGCAAAAAGUCACAGCACUACAGCCAGUCAUACAACGGCUGGUCGACAAACUCUGCAGGAGAUUUGAAAAUGUUAGAGGUACCGACGAGAUAGUCUCGCUAGAGUGCGCUUUCGACGCGUUUACCAUGGAUGUCAUCACGGAAUACUCUCUCGACACGAGCUUCGGAUAUCUUGACAAACCCGGAUGGAGUAGCGACUUCCGUGAGUUGGAGCGAGCAUACGGCGAGGCAGCUUACGUGCAAAAAAUGUUCCCCCCAUAUAUUGCUAUUAUGGAUUCGCUGCCUAAUUGGGUAACUCUUUGGAUGGAACCAAGAAUGACGCUGUUGAUGGAAUUUUUCAGGCACUGCCACACGAUUGCCGAAAGGAUGGUGAAGGAGACCGACGGUGAAAAAUACCAGGAAAAACCGCAUCCAACCAUCUUCUAUGAGAUCAUUCACUCUGACCUGCCGCCGUCGGAAAAGACACCGAAACGAUUGCAAGGGGAGGCAGCGGCCAUUCUCGGUGCUGGAGCACUCACCGUUGCGUGGACGCUCGCUGUGGCUAUGUAUCACCUUACUGUGCAGCCGCAGAAGCUGGAAAGGCUCCGCGCCGAGAUCACCUCGAUCAUGCCAGACCCCAAACAGCCAGCCAAGCUACAGCAGCUCGAACAGCUCCCAUAUCUGACGUCCGUAAUCAUGGAGAGUCUGCGGCUUAGCAACGGUAUCGCUACCCGUCUGGCUCGUGUUGCCCCAGAUCGCAGCAUCUAUUAUCACGACUGGGAGAUCCCGCAGGGAACUCCUGUGGGCAUGACUUCAACAUUAAUUCACCUGAAUGGCGAUAUCUUUCCAAACCCACUAGAAUUUGCUCCUGAGCGUUGGAUUGAUCCGAAGGAACGACAGCGUUUGGAACGAUACUUUGUACCUUUUUCAAAAGGCUCGAGGAACUGUGCUGGCAUGAAUCUGGCGUGGGCAGAGUUGUACAUGAUGCUCGCUUCGGUGUGUACAAGAUUUAAGCUGGAGUUGUACGAGACAACGAGGGAAGACGUGGACAUAUACAGUGACAUGCUUAUCGCUGAACCAAAGAGAUACGCCAAUGGGGUCAGGUUUCGGAUCAAGUGA